GCCAGGGAGAUGGCUGGGAUAUUUGACGUGGAAGAUGAAAGUAUUAUUUCCACGAUAUUCAAGGAAUCAUUUCCAGACAACUGGCGGGACAACCCAGACUUUGCACAGUACCUGGCAGAGCUCAGUUCCUUUGGAGUGGAUAAAUUAGGUCGUGAACCAGACAGACUAGCUGAGGACAGAGCUCAGAUCUUGGAGCAAACCCAGAACCUCGCUUUCCACAAUUAUAAAACUUUUAUCCAAACUGCAGAAUGCUCUAGAGACAUAUAUCAGGAUUUUCAGAUCAUAGAGAAACAUGUUGGUGGAAUGCUGGAGAAAUUACCAACACUGUCCACUCAGUGUCAUCAGUUCUUGGCCAAGGCUCAGGAAAUCAGCUCUAGUCGUCGUAUGAACUCCUUGACCCUGCAGCGUCAUACCCAGUUACUGGAGAUCCUGGAGAUGCCCCAGUUAAUGGACACCUGUGUCAGAAAUGGUUACUAUGAGGAGGCUCUGGAGCUGGCAGCUCAUGUGAAGAGGCUAGAGAAGAAACAUUCCAGUAUACCUGUGAUUUUGAACAUAGUCAGCGAGGUGAAGAAUUCCAUGCAGUUAAUGUUGAACCAGUUAAUACAACAGCUCCGCGCCAACAUCCAGCUGCCCGCGUGCCUGCGUGUGAUUGGCUACCUCAGGAGAAUGGACGUCUUCUCUGAGGCUGAGCUCAGGAUUAAGUUUUUACAGGAUGAUUUCCUAGACGUGGUAUACUGGAUGCGACAAAUUCUAGGAGUGGUUCUGGGACUGAUAUGGGGUAUUGUCCCUCUGAAGGGUUUUUUAGGAUUAGCUCUGUUCUUUGGAUUAUCACAUAUUCGGCCUUACACUUUGACUGACAGGAGAGACCUGGGUUUCCUUCUGACUCUGUGCAAGUUUACAAAUACAACCAUGUGGGAGGAAUGA